AUGCCGACUGCAGAGCUCAUCCACAAUCCCCCGCUCAACUCGUACAACGUCCAGCAGCUCCAGUUCGCCCUCGACAAGCACGGCCCGUUCGACGUCGAGCCCGCCCCAGACUCCCAUCUAGUCCUCUACACAGACCGCCGCAUGUCCGGCUCCGCCACCUCCAACGCAGACACAGACUCCUCCGUCUCCCGCCCAGACAGGCGCUCCCAGUCCCCCCCUGCUAACGACAAGCUCGACGACCACGCAAAGGUCCAGCUCCCGUCGAUCUUCACCACCUUUGAGGACAACUACCGCCCCGACGCCCGCCGCGCGUCCCUCCCCGUCCUCCACUCCGAGAGUCGCGUCCGCCACGCCCCCUACCCCGCCACCAAUCUCCGCUCCAAUUACACCCCCGGCAACCAGUCCAAUCUCUCCAGCUACACCUUCCCCUCCGUCGACGAGCAGAACGCCAGCGACCGCGCCAACGGCCGCCCCCGCGUCUCCACCGACUACAACUCCUACGACUUCCAGCAGAAUGGCACCCCCCCGUCCUCCUCCCAGUUCACAUCCCCCUCCGUUUCCGACCUCCGCACACCAGGCAUCUCCCCCUACUCCGAGUCAGAAAACUGGAAUCCGUCCCCCGCCCAGAUCGUGCGGCCCAAUUCCACCCCGGGACAGCUCUCAUCAAGUCCGCCUGUAAAGUAUGAUGAGGGCUUACGCCAUGGUUCCUUUAGCGCCCCCAUGUCCCAGGCACACCUGUUUGCAGGUUCGGCUCGCAUUUCGGGUCAGCAUGAUCGUAGGUCGAUCUCAGGCAUAAAGACCGAGUGGGGUUUCCAAAACUCGGACUUUGUCCUCCCCUCUGGAAAUCCUCAGUACUCCCCCUCCCUCCCCCCCAACAUCGCACGAUCACCCCUACCCAGCGAGGAGGAGAAAAAGGCCCUGUGCCACGCCACGGGUCUCUCCAUGAGCCAGGUCUCCAACUGGAUGAUCAACGCUCGUCGCCGCAUCCUCGCCCCCGCACAUCGCGCCGCGUCGGGCCCAACCACCACCGCACCCUUCCCCCCUUCCGGAAGGAGCGCCUCCCUCUCUGGUAUCCUCGAUCCCAUCGGCAGACGCGCCUCCAUGCCCGCCGCCGAUGCCCUCCAGCUCUACCACCCCAUGACCCUCCAGUCCAUGCCCAACAGCCCCAACGGCCACCACCACCACUCAUCCGAGUACGUCGGCAGCUCGACGCGGCAUCUGCUGAGCAGCAUGCCCUCGCGCUCGUCGCACCAUACCCUCUCCGGCCUCCCAGAGUACGCUAGCUCGACAGGCAGCGGGGGACGGCAUAUGGGUGGGGGCGGUGGAGGCUACCCUGGCCAGGGCGGUCACGGUGGGUCGGGCUCGUCUCAGUACAUGUCCUCGGACGUGCCGCUGUCCGCGCCGCCGUCGCUCUCGGGGAACCCUUUCUCGUCGCACGGCUCGUCGACCCAGCAGGGCGGCGGCGGGAGCAACAUGUACCCGCCGCUCCUCCCCAGCCCGCGUUCGUCCGGCGCGCAGCAGCAGCCGUACUACAGCGACGGGGGGCCCUCGCAUUCCAGCUCGGGGUCCGGGUCGGGAUACGGCACGCCCCAGUAA